AUGUCGGCUCGUUACAACCUCAGAAACACGCGCGCGGGGCCUGUCGCUCCCUCUGCUGUUCCUGCCCAAGGUGCGUCGUCACCUGCUCCUGACGAUACCACUGAUGCGUCGCUUGUUUCUAGUCCCCUCACCGGGUCUUCGGACCUCGCUUUCGGACCCGCGAGCAUCAGCUCUGGAGCCGAGCGUCAGCCUGGACUGUCCUACAGUCAGGUUGUGCGCUCGAGAACGCCGUCUCCCGUGCCUAGUGCCGGGAACGAGAUGUCUGUUACAUACAACGUCAAUAUAUCCCCUUCCCCACAUGUCUCUGGCGAGCAGACAGUUCCUACCGCCGGAAGGACACGUCCUGUGACCGUAGAAGAGGUCACCGAUGAAGAGGAAGGUGCGCCGUGGAUUGAAGUCCGGCGUCGCCGUCGCAGCACGGGCUCGCUACCCGUUGACCGCACCCCCGUCGCGCGCAAGGCGCCUCUCACCGCUGCGCAGACGCAGGCAGUACAGGCCGCGGAGAACGCGAUCUCCGCCGCUGAUCGCGAGCGCAUCGAGCGUCGUACGCAGCUCGUGCGCAACCAUAGUCAGACGUCGCUUUCGAGCGAUAGUUCUCGAGGUGAAGGGCCCUCGAAAGACAAGGGAAAGGCCGUCGACGCCCGCAACUGGGGCGCGAGUGGAAUCCCUCAUGACGAACUCCAGCCGGAAGUUCAACAGCGCGAACUCGAUGUGUAUUUGGCGCCCCCGGCAGACGUGCUAGCUACAUACAAUACGGAUGAGCAGCGCGAAAUGCUUGCUUACUGGCAAGCCCGAAAGGAGGCACAGAGUGCACCUACGGCUCGCGCGCCCUCGCGUCACCAUGGUUCGCGCUCCUCAACGCUGCGCGCGAGCGCGCCGAGUCCCGAGCCCGCACCGUCAGCUACUGAAAGUGCGCUCGCUCGAGAGCUAGCUGCGCUUCGACACGAGGUUCGGGAGCUGCGUGAGUCCCAGCCUCCCGAGGUGCCUCUGCCUGUGCUGCCUCAGGCUGUUCGGAAACACUCUAAGAGCAAACCGCGCGCCCAUGUUGUUAACAAUGGGCUCGCCGGGCGUUUCGUGGACUCCGUGGUUGGUGCUGCGGGAGGACGUGCGGGGAGUCACACGGACUCGCGUGCGCGAUCAUCUUCGCUGCGGCCCAUGGCACAACUGGAGCCCGGGAGUUAUCUCGGGCAGGCCUUCAAUGGGAUUGCCGGAGGCGAUGGACCUUCUGACAGUGGGUCGUCGUCGUCGUCGUCCUCUUCUGAGUCGUCGUCGGACACGGACGAGAGUCUGAAUGGGGUCGACCCGGAUCUGCAACAGCGUGUUGAAGAUCAGUCUCGUCGUCACCGCAAGAAGAAGAGGAAGACGAAGAAGUACCUUGCUCCUGUAUUGAAGCCUGAGAAACCAGAGCCCUACGACGGGCGCGCGGACGCGCAGAUCUUUCAUAAGUUCCUACGGCAGAUGACCGAGUUCAUCGCCGGGUACCGCGUGAAGCGAGCCAUGCACGCCUCGACGGUGUCCAACUACUUGACCGGCACCGCCUACCGCUUCUUUGUAACCACCGUCUCGAGUGACCCUCGUCGCUGGGGAUUGAAGGAGCUGUUUGUCGAGCUAUUCAACUACUGCUUCCCGGUCGACUACCGGCUGCAGAUGCGCGAGAAGCUGCGGAACUGCAGUCAGCGUGAUCGCAGUGUACGAGACUACGUACACGAGCUCGAGAGCUUGUUCUUGAUGGUGGGCUUUGUUUCCGAGCGCGACAUGGUCGACAAGCUCUGGAACGGCCUGAGCAUCAGUAUCCAGCAAGAGCUCUGGAAGAAGGAGCUUACCCCGUCGCAUUCGAGCUGGUCCGAGGUUCGCGAGGCCGCGGAGCUGAUUGAGAUCGCUGAGAAAGUCGGGCGACAGCUUCAAGAAGACACGCUCGCGCUCGCAGCGGUCGGACCAACGCCGCAUGAGCCAUCGUGA